AUGAUGGACUAUAAAUACGAGGAACAGCGUCCAGCGAGUCUUUCACACUGCGGAGAGACACUGAGGAGCCCCAAACAUCCAACUUUAAACGGUAAAUAUCAACUUUUAUUUAUCCCUUUCUCUUUAAUUUCGACUUGUAUCUCUUGUUAACAGUAUAAAGAAGCUUUAUUUGGCGAAAUUGACCAUCGAUAGUAAGCUGAAUGUAGCGGAUGGUCGUAGAUUGUUUCAGAAAUGUCCUCACACGUUUUUAACCAAAGUUGUUUCAAAUCUUAAGUUUGCUCUUAAAUUUAGACUUAGUUUUGUAUUUACUCCUGUUAUAUGUCACUGCUUAUGUGAAGUAUAAGAUUAUGAUUACAUGUAGUGACUUUGAUAAGAGUUGCUCUAAAGUAAUCUUUUUAUAUUUAAUGUUUUAUCAUAUUGGUUUUAAGAUGUUUUAAGUCAUUUUUCUAUUUAAUCGGGUUUUAAAGAAAACUAUCAGUGUUUCAGAACACGUGGUGAAGGUUUAAACUCAAUUUAACUCUAACUUUAUUUUAACAUCAGUUAUUCUGAGUAUUAAACAGAUUAUGAAUUUUGAUAAUGUGCUUUUGGGUAAAGUUUACCACCUCAGUUUUUGGACAUAUCCAGUGUUGUUCCAGAUCCAUUCACCCCUUCAUUUCCAGUCAUUUUUAAGGCUAAUCAAUCAUGAUAUUAAUCUGUUUUUAUUUUUAUUUUUUAGAUUUCAAUGGCUCAUGUUUUAAAGAGAUUUCCAGCCGGUGACGGCGGCUUCAUCCUUGAGCUGUUUCCACUAAAGACGAGGUAAGAAAUGUCCAUUUUAAGGCUUAAUUUCACACAAAACUGUGAAUUAAACCCUAAUAUUUAAAAUUUUGAUAAUAACUACCGAGCAGUUUCAACAAAUCUAUCAUGUUAAUGUAUGAAAUGCAGUGAAAUGUUAAAUUCAGGGUUUGACAUUAACUUUUUUCACAUGUUCUCCUAAGUUAAAAAAGUAAGGAGCACACAAAGAACUUUUAAUUUAUUUUUUAUGUGCACAUGUGCCCCUAAAUACAUUUUACAAUUCGCACAUAUCUAUUUUUAGUCGCAAACAUGAGUGAAACUGUUGAGCCCCGGAAUCACUCUCACUACUGGAGUAAUUCUACCUUCCUCUGUCCUCACUAACAUAACACUUCUACUAUAUUAAAGAGUAUUCUACCUUCCACCUACUACAUUCACUUUUACUUAAUUGCACACUGUAUACACAUGUACAUAUUCAUGUUUUCAAGUAUUCUGUUGAAGUCAUGUGUAUAUAUUGUUUAUAUCUGGUUUUCUAAUCUUUGGUCUCAUUCAGUAUUUCUUAUUUUAUGGUGUUUUACUGCACUGCUAUGACAAUGUGGAUUAAUUUAGUCAUUGAUAUGUUUGUUCAGCUGUAUGUUUGUACAAGGGGAUUUUAAAGUCUUGAUUUCCGCUGUGAUGACAUUAUUUCCUGCCAUUCGUAGUUUCCACCAGAGGUCACACCGACCAAAGACGGUUCAAUACUUCCUUGGAUGUCUGAGCGAAAUCGUUGAAUUCAAGAAACGUGUCUGAAAACAUGUCGUAGCUCCACAGACUAAGUUUAUCUCUGUCUCACCUUCAGGUUAAAGUUUUUUACUCCCGGGGCGCUUCUGUCCUGUUUGGGAACUUGAAAGUCUGUAAAAAUGGUAGGUAAUAUUUCUGGAUCACGUUAGUGUUGAAGUAUCUUCUCUGUCGCUGUGAUGAUGCUUUUUCCUGCCAUUCGUAGUUUCCACCAGAGGUCCCACAGACCAAAGAUGGUUCAAUACUUCCUUGGAUGUCUGAGCGACUUUAAUCAAAACUAAUGACAGUUGUUUUAAUUACAAUUCACUAAUCUUGUGAUUUAUCGUCAUUUUCAGGCUUGAAGACCUGCUAGAAGUGAUUCCUGGAUAUCUGCCCAGUCAAAGAGUCGGCGCCUCAUCGCCUGGUAAGAACUGCCGAGUUUCUAAAGUUGGUCUGAGGUGAUAAAGUUCGCUGUGAUGACGCUUUUUCCUGCCAUUCGUAGUUUCCACCAGAGGUCUCACAGACCAAAGAUGGUUCAAUACUUCCUUGGAUGUCUGAGCGAAUUUAAUCGAAACAAAUUACAGCUGUCUUAAUUUAUUUUCACUUCACUAAUCUUGUGAUUUAUCGUCAUUUUUAGGCUUGAAGACAUGUAAGAAGUGAUUUCUAGACAUCGGCGCCUCAUCGCCUGGUAAGAAGAUCUUCUGUUUGAGUUUCUCAAGUCUAGUUUAUCAGAGGUUAGGGCUGUCCUGAUCCAAUAUUGAUAUCGGAAAACAGUCCGAUAUGACUCUAUCUAAAAUGUCCGACUUAAACGCUCUGAUAAAAACAGUUAAUUCUGCUUCAGCGCUUCUGCACUAUAUGAGGUGACGGUGGUUCACACUCUGACACAGUAGGUGGCGGUAAUAAACCAACGCUGGUGCUGCCUGCCAAAGAAGUGCGCCCAGCUCCAGUAGAACUCAUGUAAUCACAACAACAACAGCGUAUGUGCUACGAGAAGAAGUGAUGUCGGCCGUGUGGCAGAACUUUUCCUUAAAGUCGGACAAAGAUGUUGCAGCUGAGUGCAAACUUCGUCACAUACAAGUUUCCCCUGGUGGCACGGAACAGGGGAAGUUUAAUACGACCAACCUCAUCGCAUAUUUGAAACAACAGCAUGAGGAUUUUCAAAAGAUCACUGAGGCGAGGACAAAUCUUACCUCUACCUUCCUCAAACAACUGAAACAUUUGCAAAGCGUGAAAAACUCCCACGGGACGGCAAAAAGGCCUUGGCUAUAACCGAAAAGAUCGCCCAAUUUAUUGUGCUCGAUGACCAGCCCAUGUCGGCGGUCAACAAUGUCGGAUAUAUCGGUAUUUGCCGAUAUUUAAGGCUGCAGUAUAGGUAUCGGAAGUGGAAAAAUAAUAUCAGGACAGCCCUAUCUGAGGUGAUAAAGUUCGCUGUGAUGACGCUUUUUCCUGCCAUUCGUAGUUUCCACCAGAGGUCAAACCGACCAAAGAUGGUUCAAUACUUCCUUGGAUGUCUGAGCGAAUUCUUGAGAGCUAAAAUUGACGACUGUGUUUUUGCGUCUUCAUGUCUCAUCUUUUAUUUUUUUAUGUCAUGUCCUUUUCAGGUCGGAUGAUGCUGUCCAGUCAGAGACCGCAGUAGCACCAACAGAAAUCAUCGCCUGGUAUGUAAUUCCUGAUUUGAACAAGUAUUUCUGUGUUUAGACCAUCAAGAGUUCGCUGUGAUGACGCUUUUUCCUGCCAUUCGUAGUUUCCACCAGAGGUCAUACCGACCAAAGAUGGUUCAAUACUUCCUUGGAUGUCUGAGCGAACUACAAGAAACAAAAUUUGUUUUCUCGUUUUUUUGUUUUUGUUUUUGUUUUUUAAUUCAACGUUUUAAUCUGUAAUCAAUAUUUUGUCUUUAGGGUUGGAAACUGCCUUGAGAAUUGCUGUCCGGUCGUCUCUGGCGUCCGUUUUUACCUGGUAAGUCGUUGGCUUUAAAAAGUGUCGAUUCGGUGAAGAAAGUUCGCUGUGAUGAUGCUUUUUCCUGCCAUUCGUAGUUUCCACCAGAGGUCACACCGACCAAAGAUGGCUAAUACUUCCUUGGAUGUCUGAGCGAAUCAUGUUUCUGGUUACGACCUUUUAACUUAAAAUUGUCUGUUAGCUAAUCGUCUUCUUUUUCUACAGGUACGCCAUGGAUGA